GGCGAGCAGGCGGCUUGUCAUUGCUGGUGCCCGGCGCCGGCUCGGUCCGCGCGUCCUGCGGUGCCCACGGGCCCGGCCCGGCGCCCCCCCUCCGGCCGCAGCGGGGGCGCGACGCCGCGGCACCCGCCUCCAGCCGCGCCGCCCCCCCUCCGCCAGCUCCGCGCCGCCCACCCCCAACCCGAGCCCCCCGCGGCCACUGCGGGGAGCCCGAGCCGUCGGCGCGGGAGCUGUCGGCGCUGCGGCGCCCCCGCCCCGCCGUCUGCCGAGGAGGCCCCGGCUGAUGGGGCCGCGCGGGCCCCGGAGCGGCGCCGCCGGGCGGCGGGGGCCUGCAGGGGCGCCCCGGCUGCCCCGUUAACCCCUCGGCCAUCGCCGCCGUCGGAGGGGGCUGGGAAGUCGCCUGGGCGCACACGUGCCGCCUCCGUCGGGGCCGCGGAGCUGCGGGGGAGAUGCGGGCCGCUGCCGGCGCCGCCUCGGGGCGCUCCGCCUCGCCCCAGCCCCCGGCGCUCUGACGCCGCCCCCGCCCCACCGCCUCGCUCCCCGGGAGGGGCGCAGACCCGAUCGCCCCCAGUCCCGAGCCUCCGCCGCCGCGAGGGGGCCGCCUUUGGUUCCGUGUAAUCCGCCUCUUUUUUUUUCUUUUCUUUUUUUUUUUUUUUUAAUUUUUGGUCGGUGGCGGCGGUGCUGGGCUAGGGGAAGGAAGGGACACGGAGGCCGCCCUCGCCCCGCCACCUCCUAUCCGCUUCCCCUCAGCCCCGGCUCCGGGAGAUGUGCCGGGCGGGGGGCCCGGGUUCGCGGAGCCGCAGAAGAGACACGCUGGGCCGACCCCAGAGCGGCGCUGGACAGGCUGGUGGUCCAGGCCGUGGUGCCCGCCAGGUGAUGCGGGGCGAAGCCCCCCGCACAGGUCACUGAGAGUCCCGGACACGCACCCGGCUGCCACCAUGGCCCGCCUGGCCGCAGUGCUCUGGAAUCUGUGUGUCACCGCCGUCCUGGUCACCUCGGCCACCCAAGGCCUGAGCCGGGCCGGGCUCCCGUUCGGGCUGAUGCGCCGGGAGCUGGCGUGUGAAGGCUACCCCAUCGAGCUGCGGUGCCCUGGCAGCGACGUCAUCAUGGUGGAAAACGCCAACUACGGGCGCACGGACGACAAGAUUUGCGACGCUGACCCUUUCCAGAUGGAGAAUGUGCAGUGCUACCUGCCAGACGCCUUCAAGAUCAUGUCACAGAGGUGUAACAACCGCACCCAGUGCGUGGUGGUCGCCGGCUCGGAUGCCUUUCCUGACCCCUGUCCUGGGACCUACAAGUACCUGGAGGUGCAGUACGACUGUGUCCCCUACAAAGUGGAGCAGAAAGGGAUUGGGGGGGUGGGGCGGGGCCCCCCACCUUUCUGACAUCAGCGCUGCCUUGGUCCCUCCUCCCGAGCCGGGGAUGGUCGCAGUCUUCGUGUGCCCAGGGACCCUGCAGAAGGUGCUGGAGCCCACCUCGACACAUGAGUCGGAGCACCAGUCUGGCGCGUGGUGCAAGGACCCGCUGCAGGCAGGUGACCGCAUCUACGUGAUGCCCUGGAUCCCCUACCGCACGGACACGCUGACCGAGUACGCCUCGUGGGAGGACUACGUGGCCGCCCGCCACACCACCACCUACCGCCUGCCCAACCGCGUGGAUGGCACAGGCUUUGUGGUCUAUGAUGGUGCCGUCUUCUACAACAAGGAGCGCACGCGCAACAUCGUCAAGUAUGACCUGCGGACGCGCAUCAAGAGCGGGGAGACAGUCAUCAAUACCGCCAACUACCAUGACACCUCGCCCUACCGCUGGGGCGGCAAGACCGACAUUGAUCUGGCGGUGGACGAGAAUGGGCUGUGGGUCAUCUACGCCACCGAGGGCAACAACGGGCGGCUGGUGGUGAGCCAGCUGAACCCCUACACACUGCGCUUCGAGGGCACAUGGGAGACGGGUUACGACAAGCGGUCGGCGUCCAACGCCUUCAUGGUGUGCGGGGUCCUGUACGUGCUGCGUUCCGUGUACGUGGAUGAUGACAGCGAGGCGGCUGGCAACCGCGUGGACUAUGCCUUCAACACCAAUGCCAACCGCGAGGAGCCUGUCAGCCUCGCCUUCCCCAACCCCUACCAGUUCAUUUCCUCCGUUGACUACAACCCUCGCGACAACCAGCUGUACGUCUGGAACAACUAUUUCGUCGUGCGCUACAGCCUGGAGUUCGGGCCGCCCGACCCCAGUGCUGGUGAGGACGACUCACUUCCAGGCCCAGCCACUUCCCCACCCCUCAGCACGACCACCACAGCCAGGCCCACGCCCCUCACCAGCACAGCCUCGCCCGCAGCCACCACCCCGCUCCGCCGGGCACCCCUCACCACGCACCCAGUGGGUGCCAUCAACCAGCUGGGACCUGAUCUGCCUCCAGCCACAGCCCCAGCCCCCAGCACCCGGCGGCCCCCAGCCCCGAAUCUACAUGUGUCCCCUGAGCUCUUCUGCGAGCCCCGAGAGGUGCGGCGGGUCCAGUGGCCGGCCACCCAGCAGGGCAUGCUGGUGGAGAGACCCUGCCCCAAGGGGACUCGAGGAAUUGCCUCCUUCCAGUGUCUACCAGCCUUGGGGCUCUGGAACCCCCGGGGCCCUGACCUCAGCAACUGCACCUCCCCCUGGGUCAACCAGGUGGCCCAGAAGAUCAAGAGUGGGGAGAACGCGGCCAACAUCGCCAGCGAGCUGGCCCGACACACCCGGGGCUCCAUCUACGCGGGGGACGUCUCCUCCUCUGUGAAGCUGAUGGAGCAGCUGCUGGACAUCCUGGACGCCCAGCUGCAGGCCCUGCGGCCCAUCGAGCGCGAGUCAGCUGGAAAGAACUACAACAAGAUGCACAAGCGAGAGAGAACUUGCAAGGAUUAUAUCAAGGCCGUGGUGGAGACAGUGGACAAUCUGCUCCGGCCAGAAGCUCUGGAGUCCUGGAAGGACAUGAAUGCCACGGAGCAGGUGCACACGGCCACCAUGCUCCUGGACGUCCUGGAGGAGGGUGCCUUCCUGCUGGCUGACAAUGUCAGGGAGCCUGCCCGCUUCCUGGCUGCCAAGGAGAACGUGGUCCUGGAGGUCACAGUCCUGAACACAGAGGGCCAGGUGCAGGAGCUGGUGUUCCCCCAGGAGGAGUACCCAAGAAAGAACUCUAUCCAGCUGUCUGCCAAAACCAUCAAGCAGAACAGCCGCAAUGGGGUGGUCAAAGUUGUCUUCAUCCUCUACAACAACCUGGGCCUCUUCCUGUCCACGGAGAAUGCCACAGUCAAGCUGGCCGGCGAAGCAGGCCCGGGUGGCCCUGGGGGCGCCUCUCUAGUGGUGAACUCACAGGUCAUCGCAGCAUCCAUCAACAAGGAGUCCAGCCGUGUCUUCCUUAUGGACCCUGUCAUCUUCACUGUGGCCCACCUGGAGGACAAGAACCACUUCAAUGCCAACUGCUCCUUCUGGAACUACUCGGAGCGUUCCAUGCUGGGCUACUGGUCGACCCAGGGCUGCCGCCUGGUGGAGUCCAACAAGACCCAUACCACGUGUGCCUGCAGCCACCUCACCAACUUCGCGGUGCUCAUGGCUCACCGCGAGAUCUACCAGGGCCGCAUCAACGAGCUGCUGCUGUCGGUCAUCACCUGGGUGGGCAUCGUGAUCUCCCUGGUCUGCCUGGCCAUCUGCAUCUCCACCUUCUGCUUCCUGCGGGGGCUACAGACUGACCGCAACACCAUCCACAAGAACCUGUGCAUCAACCUCUUCCUGGCUGAGCUGCUUUUCCUGGUCGGGAUCGACAAGACUCAGUAUGAGAUUGCCUGCCCCAUCUUCGCUGGCCUGCUGCACUACUUCUUCCUGGCCGCCUUCUCCUGGCUGUGCCUGGAGGGUGUGCACCUCUACCUGCUGCUGGUGGAGGUGUUUGAGAGCGAGUAUUCCCGCACCAAGUACUACUACCUGGGCGGCUACUGCUUCCCGGCUCUGGUGGUGGGCAUCGCGGCUGCCAUUGACUACCGCAGCUAUGGCACCGAGAAGGCCUGCUGGCUCCGAGUGGACAAUUACUUCAUCUGGAGUUUCAUCGGACCCGUCUCCUUCGUUAUCGUGGUCAACCUGGUGUUCCUGAUGGUGACCCUGCACAAGAUGAUCCGAAGCUCAUCUGUGCUCAAGCCUGACUCCAGCCGCCUGGACAACAUUAAAUCCUGGGCUCUGGGGGCCAUUGCGCUGCUGUUCCUGCUGGGCCUCACCUGGGCUUUCGGCCUCCUCUUCAUCAACAAGGAGUCAGUGGUCAUGGCCUAUCUCUUCACCACCUUCAACGCCUUCCAGGGGGUCUUCAUCUUCGUCUUUCACUGCGCCUUACAGAAGAAGGUGCACAAGGAGUACAGCAAGUGCCUGCGUCACUCCUACUGCUGCAUCCGCUCCCCUCCCGGGGGCACUCACGGAUCCCUCAAGACCUCAGCCAUGCGAAGCAACACCCGCUAUUACACAGGGACUCAGAGCCGAAUUCGGAGGAUGUGGAAUGACACUGUGAGGAAACAGACGGAGUCCUCCUUCAUGGCGGGUGACAUCAACAGCACCCCAACCCUGAAUCGAGGUACCAUGGGGAACCACCUGCUGACCAACCCUGUGCUGCAGCCCCGUGGGGGCACCAGCCCCUACAACACCCUCAUCGCCGAGUCGGUGGGCUUCAAUCCCUCCUCGCCCCCUGUCUUCAACUCCCCAGGGAGCUACCGGGAACCCAAGCACCCCUUGGGAGGCCGGGAAGCCUGUGGCAUGGACACCCUGCCCCUGAACGGCAACUUUAACAACAGUUACUCCUUGCGAAGUGGGGAUUUCCCUCCCGGGGAUGGGGGCCCCGAGCCGCCCCGAGGCCGGAACCUAGCGGAUGCGGCGGCCUUCGAGAAGAUGAUCAUCUCGGAGCUGGUGCACAACAACCUGCGGGGGAGCAGCAGCGUGGCCAAGGGCCCUCCACCGCCUGAGCCCCCCGUGCCACCUGUGCCAGGGGGCGGGGGUGAGGAAGAGGCAGGCGGGCCCGGGGGUGCUGACCGGGCUGAGAUUGAACUUCUCUAUAAGGCCCUGGAGGAGCCUCUGCUGCUGCCCCGGGCCCAGUCGGUGCUGUACCAGAGCGAUCUGGACGAGUCAGAGAGCUGCACGGCCGAGGACGGCGCCACCAGCCGGCCCCUCUCCUCCCCUCCGGGCCGGGACUCCCUCUAUGCCAGCGGGGCCAACCUGCGGGACUCACCCUCCUACCCGGACAGCAGCCCUGAGGGGCCCAGUGAGGCCCUGCCCCCACCCCCUCCUGCACCCCCUGGUCCCCCCGAAAUCUACUACACCUCACGCCCGCCAGCCCUGGUGGCCCGGAAUCCCCUGCAGGGCUACUACCAGGUGCGGCGUCCUAGCCACGAGGGCUACCUGGCAGCCCCAGGCCUUGAGGGGCCAGGGCCCGAUGGGGACGGGCAGAUGCAGCUGGUCACCAGUCUCUGAGGGGACCUCAUGGACCAGGGGCUGGUGGCCCAGGCCAGGGAGGGAACCCUGGGCAGGACUCUGGUGGGAGAGGGAGACAGAUGGAGGCAGUGGCUGGUGGGCCACUCUCUCCAGGUGCCCCUCAGCCAUGGGCCCUACAGUCCCCUCAGGGGACUCUGACCUGGGGGCCUGAGGUGCCAGGGUUCACAGACAGGGUUUCCCACCAGCCACACGCACCAGCUCUAUUUGGGGGAAGUGUAGUGAGGAGGAGCCCAGAAGUCCCUAGGGGAGUGAGGAGGGAGAACUUGGAAGGGUGCAGCCCACUUCCAGACUCCCCACUCUCCCACCCUUCUACGCAGUGAAGGGAAAUGAGGGCUUUAGUUUCCCUGGGCGGGAGGGGCAGCUUCUGAGGUUGCCAAAGGCCCCUACUGGAUCGAACCUGUCAGCUGCUCCUCUCUGCAGCCAGAAAUGCUGCCGGCUGCACCCAGAGGGAGCAGUGAGGCAGGCCAGAUGGACAGGUUCCUCCUGCGCUACAGUUCCUUGCUCCCUGGAGACUGGGAAAAGGCCACAGGGCAGGGGGACUGGGCGGUGAUGGCUGGUGGUUUAAAGGUCGAACUUUCUCUGAAGCUCCUUUCCCCUUGCUCUUGGUCCCUGCCCCCCAAGCAAGCCUGCCCCCUCUGCCUCCCAGUGCACCCAAUGACCCCCUCCCUUGGGGCGACUCCUGAUGAAGCACAACUCCCCGUAGGGCCCCCAGCCCACAGGGGUGGCCAUAUUUGGGCAGUUCCCAGUCCUGUGGGCUCGGCUAUCUGGGGAGCAGAUUUUGGGUCUGGAUCUCCCUGGGGAGUGGGUCCUGGGCUUGGAUCUUUCCCUAGGGGGCCCUCUUACUCCAUCUUCUCUCCUCCUCCUCCUUCCCCAUUGCUGUAAAUAUUUCAACGAAAUGGAAAAGAAAAAAAAAAAAAGACAAAAAAAAAAAAAAGACAAAAAAAAUCUCAUCACUUGAAGCCACCGGGAGCCUGCGGCCCGGGCCAACCUGGGCUUUCUCCGGAGCAGAGCGGCGCUGCCGGCCCGGCAGCCAGGACUUCUCCGUGUACGUGCAUCCCCAGUCCCCGCCGGAGCGGGCGGGCCGCCAGAGCAGCUUUUUACAAUCCAGAGACAGAAAACAAAAUCUAGAUGCAACAGCGAAACAAAGAACCCAUUUCCUUCCUGGCACCCAUUUCUGUCCCCUCCUUUCCUGCUCUGCCUGCCCAGCAUCAUCAGCCCUCCUGGGGCGUGUACCUCACUGCCUGCCCCAGGACCAGAGGCCUGUCUCCCCCUUCCCUCCCCAUCGGCCCGGGGGAGACCCCCUCACACCCAAAGAUACUUUGUCAAGAUGGCUGCGCUGUCCCUUUGAGUUCCUGCUUCUUGUAUAUUGCUUUGGGGACUCUAGCUGGGGAAAAUGGGGCUGAUUUCCCACCUAGAGGGGUUGAUGGCCGGAGGAAAAUGGGGAGGAACUGGGGUUAUGGAGGGCAUGGGUACGGCUGAGGAGGGUGCUGGAGUGGCAACGUGGUCUUCUGUCUGGGGGAGAGGGAAGGGGCAAAGGUGAGAGAUCACCUUCCCUACCCUCCACCUUCCCGCAGAGAGGACGAAGCCAGGUGCCAGGGCUGGGGUCAGGACACCCAUGUUCUGGGGGGGCUUGACCCCAAAUCCCAGACCCUGGAAGCUCCAGGCUCGGGAUGUCUCCUGAGCACCUCUCCCAGCCCCCUCCUCUCCAGCCUGUCAGCCCAGCCUCCCCAGUCCCCUCCCCUUAACUCUAGGGGUAGCAUAGCCCUGAGGCCACCUUAGCCCAGCCCCUGCAUUGCCAUUUCCCCAGAGGUGGCCCGUCCACCUCUGCUCUGACCUCUCCCCGUCUCUUUGCCCCUCCUUCUUUUCUCACAAGUGCCAUGAGUUUUCAAACAUCUUCGGGUCUCAGCCUGCUGCUGCCAUGAACUUUGUUGGGUUAAGGGGGAGGGGCUCCAGGAAGGAACUGGGGGGAAGGGGACAGGUAGGUGGCUGGAGGGACCCUUUUUGCUGCUAGAAAGCCCCUCCCUUCUCCUGGGGAGCUGGGGCUGGCUUGUCCCCAUCAAUUAGGGGAGAAGGGGUCAGACCAAAGAUGGUGGUUUGUCCCGUGUAAGGGAACAGGUGUGGGGAAGAGGUGGGGUUGGGUUCCAACUCUGGCUUUUUCUGGUAGAAGGGCCUAACUCAUUACACCAGAAGACUAUGGGUGAAGUCUAGAUGGGGAGGAGAAGUGAGGCCAGGGACAGUCUUCCCAGACGACUCCGAGGAGGGCAGGGGACAGUUCCAUGGACCUUCCUGGACUGCACUAGGCUAGGAGCUCUUGUGUGGAGGGGCGGUCAGAGGUCUGUGAAGAGCGGGCAGGAGUCAUGGGCAGGCAAAGAGCCGGGCAGGCAAAGAGCCGGCCCGGCCCGGGCAGCAGCCCAGCUACAGCCUGUGGCUGCCCCCAACACCAGGAAGAGGGCUGGGAGAGUUCCAGGGGGGCUGAGAGACACAGGGAGGCCCACUUCCUCCCUGCCCAGCCUUCCUUGUAUUUCUCCAGACUCGGACAAUCAAAGGGAGAGAGGGUGUUAUCAGUCCUGUUUCAGCCGGCAUCACCCAGUGGCUUCUAGGCCUCAGAGCUGUGUGGCAGGGCCCCCUGCUGGGGCUGGACACCACUGCAGUCCAGUGCAAAGCUGCCCCCAGAGCCCAGGUGUCCCCCCCACCUAACCAGACCUGGUGCCUUGACGCCCCCAACCCAGCUGGGACGGUACAGAGAAGGGUCUUGGUUUCCUCUCCUACUCCCUUCCUUGGGCUCCUGAACUUUGCUCCUAAAUCUUGUUAAUUCUUUUUCUCUGGAUUUUGGUUUCUUUUGGCUUUCCCUUGCCUUCCCUUUCUCUCUCUGUCUCCAACUCUCUUUCCCCACGUGUUUCUCGCUGUCUCUAUGUUCCUCUUCUCUCAUCCUCAACUUUCUGUCCAUUUGGGCCUCCUCCCCGCCUCCCACACCCCAGCCCCUCCCUCCUUGGUCUCCUUUUCGAUAUGCCAAACCAAUUUUGGGUCGAGUGCAUUUAACGAGAACAAAACAAAAGGCUCAUAACAACAAGAACGUUUCAGAAAAAAACAAAAAGUUUAAAAAAAAUUGUUGAGUCAAAAAGUCAAACAAUAAAGAAAUUAAGAUUUCUUGGAA